AUGCUUGCUGUCGAACGCCCCACGCCGCCAAAGACUGUUUCUGGCAACUCAGACAACAGGCCUGAGGAAAAACCAGAGCACACUGGACCGGACGUCAUCCAACCUCACCCCCUUAUCGAUGAUCUCCUGCCUCAGCAACUGGGCCGUGGCGUCCUCAUUCCACUGAAGACGACACUGGAAAUCCGUCAAGACCAUACCAUAGUUCAAGCCUUGCUUACCAGAGCUCCUGCCAAAUCCACCAAUGAUGUCGUCAACCUUAUCCGCUCGAUGCUUCCUGACGGCGUGGCUAACAGCUUGCCUCACUUGCGACGAUGCGCUAAACCAGCUGAUAUUCCUGCUCACCUUAAGACGCAGUUCAUGAACGACUCGCCGGAGGGACGCCAAGUCCACACUGGCAAAUCGACUUGGAUUUACAUCAUGCUUGGCGAAGAGAAAGACUUUGACAGAGAGAAGUUGAUCGCAUCCCUGACUGCUAUAGAGGGCAUGGACGAAAAUCUCUUCCUGACUAGCAUCCCGAUUCCAUUGGUCCCGCCUACCUCACAGGUUCAAGCGGCCAUGUGGACGUCGCAGUUCUGGCCUACAGUGUACAGGAAGAACAAUCCUCUUGGGCCCCACCCUAGCAUGGUGGGCCGCUCAACCGAUACCAUCAGGGACGAGACGUCCUUGUGGAUGUCCGUUGCCCAUCGUGUUGCUCUCCAGGCCAAGCAGGCGGGAAUCGGUGAACCCAUGGGUGCAGUGAUUGUUCAGCGCGAGGGCGGCAAGUCUGAGCUGGUAGCAGUUGCCGGAGAUGCUCGUUGGCACCAGGAGCCCAACAGAAGCGGUGGCGGCAAUCCUAUGGGCCAUUGUGUUCUCAGGGCUAUUAGCAUGGUCGCGCAGAAGCUUGUGCGACAUGAAAGACGGAUGGCUGGUCUUCCCAAUGAUUCGCCUACUCUUGAAUUUGACAUGUUCCAAGACAAGCCACUCGUUGAAGACGAGAAGAGAGUCUUCGAAGAUGAGCACCCUAAUGCAGAUGGCUACCUGUGCCACGGCAUGGAGCUUUACCUGACCCACGAGCCUUGUGUUCAGUGCUCUAUGGCUAUUCUGCAUUCACGCAUGGGCAAGGUCGUCUUCGCGCAGCGAAUGCCGCUUACCGGAGGCAUGUGCUCGGAAGACCGCGGACAUGGCCACCCGGAACUGGAAGGCUGCGGCGGUGGAGAGGGACUUGGUCUAUUUUGGAGACGCGAGCUGAACUGGAGUUUGUUGGCGUGGGAGUGGGAAUCGAGCGAUUGUGUGGAACCUUUGCCGCCGGUUGAUCACAGUCACCAUGCUUACGACCGACGUAUGCGGCUACAAGCUCCCUGGGCAAAGACCGUUAACCAUCACCUCCUCAAGCCGAGAGCUCCCAGAACAUCCGCACCCCCGGCGCCCCCACCGACCCUGACUAUAAGAAGCGCAAGUAGCUCGGAAGCUUGGUGGAGCACAAGGGCUAAGCCAGACGAGCAACCCGAGGGAGUUUUUAUCAUCCUACGACGCCUACUUGACGACAUGCCUGCCAACAAGAGGGGAGCUCCCUCCGCAAGUGAGCCGAGCGCGAAGAAGCGCAAGACGGACCUGAAAAAAUGGUAUGCCGUCAAAGUCGGCAACAGGCCGGGCGUGUACGAGACUUGGGCAGAAUGCCAGGCGUUGACUGCAGGGUUUCGUGGAGCUGUUUACAAGUCUUUCCUGUCCGAAGAAGAGGCGAAGGCGUUUGUGGCAGGAAAGAAGAUACCCAAUUCGAGCGGGAAGCCGGAACCGGUGAAGUACUACGCUGUCGCACGCGGUAGUUUUACGGGCAUCUUCAACGACUGGGAGAAAGCCUCCUUGGCCAUCGCGGGGACCAAGGGGCCCAAGUAUAAAAAAUUUGAAAGGCUCCAUGACGCGGUCGCUUUCAUUCAACAGUGGGGAGACGAGGCUACCAUCUCUAAAGUCCUCGCCGCUACCGGCAUGGGGCCGACUGAAGAGGAUGAAGAUGAGGACGAUGACGACGACGACGACGACGACGAAGACGACGACAGUGCAGAGUCGGGCCUGGCACAGAUAUACACAGAUGGCAGCAGUCUGGGCAACGGAAAGGUAGGCUCCUCGGCUGGAGUAGGUGUAUACUUUGGACGCAAUGAUGCCAGAAACAUCUCAGAACGCCUCGAAGGCGAGCCUCAGACGAACCAGCGCGCAGAGCUCACUGCCAUCCUACGUGCGCUCGAGGCGACACCGGCCACGCAGGGGGUUCAGAUUCUGACUGACAGCAAAUACUCAAUCAACUGCGUGACGGCCUGGUAUAAGAGCUGGGAGAGAAAUAACUGGCGAACGUCUACGCAAGAGGACGUCAAGAACAAGGACCUGGUGCAAGCAAUCCGCAAGAAGAUUACCGAGCGCGAGGCCGCGGGCACGCAAACCGUCUUCACCUGGGUCAAGGGGCACGCGAACACGGCGGGCAACGUGGCGGCGGACCAGCUUGCGGUUGCGGGUGCCAGAAAGCCAUUGCCGACCACCAAGGGCCGCCGGAAGCUGAAGACGGAGAUUGACGAAGAUUUCGAGACUCAGCUAUUGUUCUGA